AUGGAAAGUCUGAUAACGCCAUUCGAUAGAACUCAUCGAGUUGUACUUGGAACACAAAUGGAAUACCUGGAACAUGUUCUUGAGCGAAUCUCUGCUAAUAUUUACUCGAAUAUUUUGCUAACUUCACCUACGUACGAGGUUCUUGGUAUAGAUACAAAUGUUAAACGAUUUAUAGAAGAAUUAUAUGAUGAUGGUAUAAUGAAACCAAAACCUAUUAUUCGAGCACUUCAAUCAAGACCAGUAAAAAUACCAACUUAUGUACAGCUGAACAAUUAUCUUGCUUAUUACAAAAGAAAAAAGUAUGAUUCACAUACAAUUAGUUCAGGUGAAUUAGAACAACGGUGUGAAGAUAUAAUUCAAAUGUGCCAUCUGAUGAAAAUAAAGCUUUUGUUGUCUCUUGAGAAAAAUCAAUCAAUAUCAGAUUUUUUACAAUAUUUUGAUGAUGAAUGGCUUAAAUCAAACUCUGGUUGGUAUGAAAGUAUUCAACUUUAUACACCAAGUACCAACAAUGCAUUGAAAGCAACCAAUAGAAUGAUUAAAGACGAUGGUACAUUUCGAGAACGUCAUGUUUUAUCAAGAUUCUUGACAACAUCUUCAGAUAUUGUGCAUAAUUGGUCAAUCGAUCAUGAUUCAUCAUCAGCAAAUACAAAACAAUUUGCUACAGAACCAACAAACACUUUAGAAUUAUGGACUUCAUCGUAUCAAUGGGCAAAAUCAAUCAAAAUUAUAAUUUGUAUUCCAAAUGAUUUUUCGAAGAUUUAUUAUAUACCAGCUCGUGAUUUACAAUCGUUUACUCAAACUGAUUUAAAUAGAUAUAAAAAUAAAAAUUUAUAA